CCAACCGACGCACCGGUAACUUCCUCUUUAGAAACAGGUGUUUUGAAAUCGUCAAGGCGCUGUCUGAAAACAAUGAUGAAAACACGUUUUGUUGUUAAAACCGGUGACGUAAAAUUUGCAUGUAAAGCACCGUGACACGUGAAUACCCUUUGAGGCCUAAGACAUUCCAAAAUUUAAAAACGCUUGAUUCCAAAUAUUCUGAACAUUCCUUUGGCAAAAUGGCUGACAAUGUCAAUGACUCGAACAAACAACAGAACGCACAUGGCAUUAAGAAACCGCAACGAAAAGAAGCAUAUACCAUAGAUUUUGGAAAUGGUGAAAAGUCAAGCUUACAAGAUUCGUUCCUUAAAUUUAAAAAGGCAAAACAGGAUUAUGAUAAUAGUACAGCGAAAAUGAUGAAAAAGAAAGAGAUUGCAAAACAGAAAAGAGUACGAAGAGCAAGGCGGAGAAGACAGAAAAAUCCAAAGUUUCAAGAAGAGCUACGACAAAAAUUCAUCAACCAAGCAAAGAAAUACUUUGGCAUUCCUUAUGCUAGAAAAUAUUGGUCUAAAGAUACGGAUGAGUACAGUUCCAAACUAUUUCUAGACUGCUGUGGUUUGGUUAGACAAGUGGUACGAGACUUAGCCAAAGACUUUGGCUUUGUUAUAGGACCAUGGAACCAGGCCUACAUGUUCGACACACUGCCACAUAUAAUAGAAUCAGAGAAAGAUAUGAAGCCUGGAGACCUUGUGUUUAUGUCAGGGACCUAUACUAAUCCUAAAUCCACAAACCAGAAGCAUUUCAUGACCCAUGUAGAAAUCUGGCUAGGACAUGGACCCAAGACUAUUGGUGCUCGAUGGAAUAAUGGCAAGGUCCAGAUCUGGGACCACUACAAAUUUGAGGCUAAAAGUUUCAGCAAUACAGUUUACCACUUCAGGUCUAUAGACACAUGGUUAAAAGGAAUCUGUAAAAGUUACUGCCCAGAACACAAGUGGAAAAGAUCAAAGUUCAAACCAGGAAAGAAGUCCAUUUUCAAAGAGGCUCAGAAAAAAGAAAAAGAAGGCACAGAUGACCAACAGGCAAGUGAUCAGGCUGGCCAACAGGUGGAUCAAGGUGCAGAUGAAGUGGUUAAUGAACCUGAUGAUGAUCCCGAUGAGGGGGAUGACGAAGGGGAAGAGGAUCAAGUUGAAGAUGAUGAAGAUGAAGAGGAUUUGGAAGACGAUUUAGAUGAAGGAGAAGAUAAUGAUGAGGAAGUUAAUGAAGAUGAUGAAGCAGCCGACGCCUUUGACCAAGAGCAGACAACUCAAGUGUCUCCAGUGGCUUCACAAAGUACUCAGGAAAAAGAUUACUCUCAGAACAGUAUUGAAUCGUGUAAAAAAAGUCCUUCUAGAAAAAGUCCCCAAGGAGUUGAUAAAAGUAAAAGUCAAGGUUUAGAUCUGCAACAAAGUGAGACAAGUUUGCUAAAUGAAAUUCAGGUUGAAAAGCAAAAUGAAGAAAAGAAAGAUUUUAUCAUUGAACAGAAAAAUGGUGAUGAAAAGAAAGAUUUCAGUCCUGAACUGAAAAAUGGUGACUCAAUGAAAGCUGGCUGUGAUAGCAAGGAUUCCUCUCUUAUAGAGAAGAAAAAUGAUGGACAGAAACAUUUCAGUAAUGGAUUUCAACAUGGUGGUUGUGGUAAACAAAAAUCACCUCAUAUAGAAAAAAAUAAUAGUAGAAAUAAUGACAGUCUAGAAGUAGCAAGACCAUUAAGUGAUUCUUGUAUAGGAUCUGCCUCCAAUUCGUCUAAAGAGACCAAUGAGCCAGCAACAGAGAGCAAUGUGAAAGAAGCAGAAGAAAAGGCACACAUUAAACGUGGAAAAAAAUCACCUGGCACACGGCAAACUAAACUCCCACAAUGCAGUUUACCAUCCAACAUGCAGCCGACAUUUUACAUUGGUGGGGGAAAUGGAGUGUCCUUGGUAGAAGGACCUCUGGUGGCUUUAGGAUGGAAAAGGACAACAGAUAAAUAUGAUGAGAGAUACCGUCUUAAAUGGGUAGAGUGUAAAACCCGCAUAAACUAUGGUGGGUUUAAAGAAGGUGACCAGUUAGUCAACCAUAUCCCUAAUGGUCAGCUGUUGACCAACAAGCUAGGUCUACUGAACAGUUUACAGGAAUAUGAACGUGUUACCUUGUCAACAAAGGGGAGACCACCCAGAUUGAAAUUUAAUGACUUCUUCCCAGAGACUUACAGACUUGAUGAAAAAAAUAAUAAAGAUAUAUUUCUGGAAGUUUAUCAAGAUGGAGAAAUGUGGAUCUGUAAGCCUACAGGUUUGAACCAAGGGAAGGGAAUCUUCAUUAUACGAUCUCGUGAUGAAAUCAAUAAAACAUUGGAAGAAAGAGAGCAGAAAAAGGAACAAUUGUCACGGUCUACUAAACCGCUCAUGAGUAGGAUUGUACAAAGGUACAUUAUGAACCCAUUGUUACUAGCUGCUAGGAAGUUUGAUGUCAGAGCCUAUAUGUUGAUUGCAUCCACAGUACCGUUCUUAGUGUUGUACCACAAAGGAUAUGUGCGACUGUGUUGUGCCAAAUACGAUAAUGAUGACUCAAAUCUGAGCAUUCAUCUCACAAAUCAGUUUGUUCAGAAAAAGGACCCAAACUUCAAGGAUAUCAAAGAAGAUACAGUCUGGUCAAUGGAAAAGUUCAAUGAUUAUUUUAACGAGAAAAUAGCUGCAAAAUCUGGUGUGGAACCAGACUGGGUUAAAAAUAUCUUAACGAAACAAAUGCAGAAGAUAAUGAUCCAUUGUUUUAACAGUGUGAAACAUAAAUUAAACCAGAGAAUUGGAUACUUUGAUCUGUUUGGCUUGGAUUUUAUGGUGGACGCUGACCUCAAGGUCUGGUUAAUUGAAAUAAAUGUGAAUCCAUCUUUAGCUGUAACAUGUGGUGCCCAGAAGGAGGUUGUACCAGGAGUAGUAGAGGAGUCUUUGUAUCUUGCAAUAGAAUGUUUUGAGAAAACAAAGAAAAACCAACCGUUACUGCCACUUAACACAUUGAAGAAUAUGUCUGUUUUGUAUUGUGGAACAAGAGCAAACACAAUUCCCCCUAGGGCAGCAAGAAGUGUUUCCCCAGUGACAAACGAAAGGUUAAAGGUCACUGCUUCAAGUGCUACCACUGCCACAUCUAAAACUAAUCGUCAUGCUAAUGAAACCAGUCGGUCUGGACAUAGAUUGUCUGUUAGUAGCACACCUCUAGCAUCAACAAGUGGUAAAAAAUCGGAGGACUCUUCAAGCAAUGCUGUAUCAAAAUCUGUAGACAAUACCUCAAAAGGGACGACCUCUGAACAGCCUCUGUCUGAGUCUGAAACAGUGCCAUUAAAAAUGACUCAUGUGUCGUCUGCUGAGGCGAUUGGUGCUAAAAAUGGGAGUAUAAAUCAAGUGAGUGACUCAGAUGGGAGUAAAGAGCCAAAGAGUGUGUGGACUUUAAAUAGUGAUGGUGUUUUGACACUUCAAGCACCCAAACCUGUUAUUCAACCUGUCAGUACAGCACCAAAUCUGGAUCAAAUUAAAUCUAUAUUAGCUCAAGUAGGUACAACCAGUACUGCAUCUACUACGACUGGGACCAAUACAACUAAUGCUGGAUCUGCAGCUAAUGUUAAGUCGGAUAAACGUAACGUCAGUGUUUUGUCUCCUUUGAAUGAUAAAAGUGCUGUGAAUGCAAGUAUUGCAAGCUCAAAUGAAACCGCUACAACUGCAAAAUCAGCAGAUACAUCCUCUGAAAAAUCAAACAUAGCGCCACCAAGGUCAGAAUUUCCAUCAUUACUUGCUAAAGUUGACAACGUUAAAUCAAGCACUGUGACCAUGGGACUGUCAACUCCAGCAAAAGUGGCCUCUGCCGUACCAUUGUCUUCUGGGGCGUCCUCUACCGCUAACUCCUCCAAUGCACCUCGUUCUGUGCCAAUAACAACCUUCUCAAUGUCUAGCGUUGUCUCUGGUCACACCAGUGUCCAACACGAGAGAGACCGAGCAGAAACAAUGGCAGCCUAUACCACUCUAACUAAACUAAACAACACCUCAAAUCUGCCUUCUAUUUCACAUACCAAUUCUGUGGUGAAGUCUACAUUGAGCUCAGGAAAUCAGAAUGUAAGAUUGUCAAACGUUUAUAAAACUACAACAAAUUAUGAUGCUCCGAGCUUGAAAUUUACAUCUGUGGGACAAUCUAAACAGUCCAACGAUUCCCAAAUAGAGGUUGUACCUCAUAGACAAAGUAAAGGUGAGGCCCACGUAGAAGUCAUACCACAUCGGAAACACAAGGACAUGUUUGACAGAGGCAGUUGAUACGAUGUUAAUGUCUUGUAGUUCUGAUAUUUAUAUAACAAUUUGUAAUCUCAGAAGUUAUUUUUUAGAUCAGUCAGACAUUGGUUAAAAUAAAUUAUCUAUGUUUUUGAAAACAAGAGGUGCUUUCUCUGUCUCAAUCGCAUUGCAGGGUGAUAGCCAUGAGAUGACAUGUAGAAGAGAAACUCCACUUGUUUGAAAGAUUAUAGAUGAUAUUUUAUACUUAUUUUCCCUUAGGCAAUAUCAAUAAUUUUAGUUUAUUACUUAGUCCAUCCUAACAGCUUAUUACCUAGUCCAUCUCACUUCACCCCAUCUCAGUCAAGAAGCCUGGGGUCGGUAUACAAUCACACAGAAAAUCAAAAGAAUUUUUUGUUCAAAGCAAUGAAGGUAUAAAAAAUAUUUCUUACAAAAAUUUAUAUAUUAUUUGCAGCUGGUCAGAAAAAUCAAAGACUUGCAAAUGCAAAGUAACAACUUAAGACCUUGUAAUGAUUGAAUAUUUAUAAGACUAAAUUGUAAUUGAAGCAGACUCUUUUAAAGUCAAAUGUACAAUUGAUAAAUGUCCAGAAUAGUCUGCUUUUGUGAAGUAAAAAUUGACAAAGAAAUUAUAAGAUUCUAGAAGACUUGACAAAUUUCAAUAUUCAUUCUUAAAUCCACAAUAUUACUGCGUUUGCUGUACAAUUAUCAAUCUAAUGGUCCAUUAAAGUCCAGUAUAUUUCUUUAAAUUUAUUUAGACAGUGUUGAAUAUUUCCAUUCAAUGAAAAUGUUUUUGCAUAUAUUACAUGUCAAUUGUUAUUCCAAUUAUUGCAUUUCAUUUUAUUAAAAUGUAACUUUUUAGCGAGUGAUAUAUUGAAGAAAGAAGAACUUGUGGAAUAAACUAUGUGGUACUUUUUUUUGUAUGAAACAGAAAUGAAAAAAAGUUGAAAAUACUGUGGAUUCAUUAAUAUUUAAAAAAUUUCAUUUUUACACUCAGUCUGGUAUUUGUUAAAUUCCAAUUUAAAUCUUUAUCCCAGCCUAAAAGUAUUAUCUUCAUUGGGUUGCAUAUCAUAGCAUUAAUUUAAGUGCUAUUUUAAAGUACUUGCAUUGAAAAUUAUAUUUUUUAAAGUUUUUUUUUUGGGGGGGGAUGAAGAUUUGUGAAGAAGUGUAUUGAGAUGCAACUGUUAGGGGCACAUGGUCAAUGUAGUUCAAUACAUAGAUUGGAAUGAAACCUAGGUGUUUCAAGGUGUUUCAAAAUAUAAAAAAAGUUAAAAAAUCUUACACCAAUUCUUUUGAACCAUGAAAUGUCAUUGGGUGCUUUUUCAGCAUAUGAAUAAUGUUACCUCAAUUAGGUCUGCAUUAUAAAUUAAAAAUGCAGCUCAGUUUGAUAUGGAGAUGUUGACAUAUCAGGAAGUAGUGUUGAAUGGUUUCUGUAGCAUUAGAGAUGUUUGUAAAAGUAUCAUUUUUUAACUGUAUCCCUUCAAUGUACCACCACUAAUUUUUGUUCAUUUAAUGUACAAUUGUAUUUAUUUAUUGUGGAUGCCAAUUUUAAUCCUUAGUCUACCGUUGUCUAUAAGCAUUAUUUUUCCAUUCAGAGCUUCCUUCUUUAUGCCAGUUUACUAAUAAACUUUAAUGUAGAUAUAGUCUUGCAUAAAUAAGUUUGUCACUUUACACUUGUCUGAAAUACUAAAUUAUAAUCCUGAUACCUUUGAUAACUAUUUCAUACCACAUCUUCUUUUUAUAUUUACUAUGAAGUUAUUGUCAUUUUCUGAACACUUAAUAGUCCUGCUCAUUAUAAUAAGAAGACUUUUAGAUGUUUGCAAAAUAUAGAUUUCAACCCAGAUUUUACAAAUCCUUAAACAUGAUAAUAUAAUUCUGUAAUUUGGGCUUCAUUUCUCCUAAAGACACCUGAUACAUUCUUGCAGAAAAUAUUUUUUCUAAAAUUUAAUUACAUGUUUAUGAACAGAAAAUGCAUAAUAAGUUUUUAAUAUAUGGAUAUUUUCAUAAGUUUUGAAUAUUUGAA